AUGAAUGACACUGGCGCUCACCCAGGCGUGAGGAAUCUCCUUGCCCGGUUUGAGACCAGCCAGAGCAACACCACCUCGCCACCUGACCGCGGUCGGUCUCCUGUCGAUUCGGAGUAUUCGGGCUCGGCCAGACCACUCUCUAAAGUGCGUGCCAGCUUUGUCGCCGUCGACGGUUCGCAGUCUCCGGCUGCUGGUCUGCGGAAGACUAGUGGUCGCAGUGAUAGCCCCGCCGCUCCGCUUCGGGUCAGAAGCUUCAAUUCCGACGACGUGCCCAGCCUGAAAAGUCCGCUGUCGGCAUCCUCCCCCACCAGCAGCGGCUUUCCAGCGGAACCAACUGCGAUGGAGAAUGGGAACGACUCCAAGGAUACCGGCUCUCAGGGACCGUCUGAGUUCCCGGCCGUUGUGGUUGAAGAAGGCAUGAAGUCUCCGGUCAAGGAAGCUGUGUCAUCGCACAACAAGGAAAACCAGCCUGUUUCGGAACCUGCUGCCCCUGCCCCUCCCGUUGCCUCUCCCGCAAAGACCACCAAAACCGUUACCAAACGACCCUCGACAAUUCAGGUGGGAAAGGCCGCCGCUACCAAUAAACCGGCGUCUAAGCCGGCCCCUGCCACCGGUCAGAGAUCUUCGGCUCAGCCGCGUACUCCGACCUCGCCAGCAAAGACCGAAAACGAGAAGACCCGGACGGCUCGCUCCCCGAAGCCCCCUACUACUGCGGCCAAUAAAGCUUUCACGCACAAGUCCAGCCGGGCGUCCUUGAACCCUGCGGCGACCAGGACUACUACUACACGCCCUGUCCGCGCUUCGAUGCCCGCGCGCGAGGCCACCCAACCAGGCGUUUCUGAAGCGUCUCGCACCACCAAGCCCCGAUCCCGAUCCCCGGCCAGGUCUACCCGUCUGCCGCCCUCCGCCACGGCCCCAAGCUUGUCCUCUGGCGCGAGCAAAGCAGGCACCACGGGAACGGCCACCUCUCGACUUGCUCGCAAGCCGUCGACCCUGAAAAGUGCCAAACCUGGGACCCAGCAACGCGCAACUACCCCCACUGCUUCUAGCGUGCGCAAAACCUCCCGCCCUUCCCCUCCAUCUGGAGGCGAGCGGCCCCAGUCCCGAGUGAGCAAUGGCAGCUCUAAGCCUGUCGACGAGAGCUUCUUGGCUCGGAUGAUGCGCCCCACCGCCAGCUCUGCCAGCAAGACCCACGAGAAGGUCGACGUGAAAAGUCCUCCCCGGACCUCUAAGCCGACUCGAGCACCGGUGAAGAAGGUUGCUUCCAAGGCCGAGAUCCGCGCGCCCCGUGCCAAGCCUGUUGAGAAGUCUCAGCCGACCCCCGUUGAGAAAGCGAACGAUGCCCUGCAGAAGAAGAUCUCCACGGAGCCGGUCAUCAAGGAAGAGGCAACCGAGGUCGUUUCCGCCGAGCCUCCUAAGCCCGUUGAGCCUACUGCGGACUCUCAGGAGAAGCCUGCCGAAGCUCCCGUGGAACCUACCGAAUCCACCAUUGAGGAGCAGCCUGCCGAGACCCCUGCCGAGACCCCUGCUGAGACUUCUGUUGAGACUUCUGUUGAGCCUGCUGCAGACUCCGUCGAGCCCGUUGUGGAGGUCUCCACCGAGGAGCACGUUGAGCCUACCGAGCCUUCGGUGGAACAGACCACUGAUGCUGUUAAGUCGGCCGUUGAAGAGAAUGCGGCUGCUCCCGUUGAGCCCACCGACGCUCCUGUCCAGCCUGUGGACCUGGAUGAGAACGACUCGCAUGUCGAAUCCCAGGAGGCUGCCGAGCCCGCAGUUCCCGAACAGACUGUGACUGACAAGUCCGCCAGUGACCUUGUCGAAUCUGCACAUGAAUCGAAGGACACUGACGAGAUUGAUAUCGCCAAGUUGUCCCUGACCUAG